AUAAUAUGCUUAGCAUUUAUUUAGCACAACAUUAAUUCGCGCAGCGCAGAAACGCAAAGUCAAAAUUUUCAAUAUUUUGUAUUAAAGUUCUACUAUCUCUAUUACAAAUUACUUGUUUUUUAAAUGGAAAAUUAUUUCAAAGGCAAAAAUGUUGAAGAAGAAUUGGAGAGAAGUAAAAUACCAAUCAAUGAUUUACCUGUUAACUUCCUCUGGAUGCAAGUUAAAGGUGGUAGCAAGAUGAACAAUUUAUUAACUCAUGUGGCUGGCAUUCUUCAAGAUAAGGCAACAACAGCUGUUGUAUGGAGCGGAGCAGGCGUUGCUAUCCCUAAGGCUAUUUCCUGUGCGGAGAUAAUCAAGAGACAGUUUAAUAUACAACAUCAAGUGACAAAACUUACAUAUAAAAAUGUUGAAGAAUAUUGGGAACCUAAAGUAGAUGAACUUGAAACAAUUGUUGUAAAAAGACAAAUACCAGUUAUUCACAUACUUCUGUCAACUGAAGAAUUACCAGACAGUAACCAACUUGGAUAUCAAUGUUCUCUCAAGAAAAAGUUUUGGGAAAAGGAGCCAAGCAACAACAACUCUAAACAACAAUCAAAUAAAGUGAAAAAACCAUUUAAACAAAAGAAACCACAAAUACAGGCAUAAUUGAUUUGUU